AUGAGGCGGCGCCCGCCGAGCUGGGGCGGACGCGGGGCGACCCGGGACGGGGACACGCGCCGGUAGCCCCGGCACUGCAGCGGCCGCAGGAUGGCCGAGGCUAUCGGCUGUACUCUGAACUGCAGCUGCCAAAGCUUCAAACCAGGGAAGAUCAACCACCGUCAGUGUGAGCAGUGCAGACAUGGAUGGGUGGCGCAUGCUCUGAGUAAGCUGAGGAUCCCCGCCGUGUACCCCACAAGCCAGGUGGAGAUCGUCCAGUCCAACGUGGUGUUCGACAUCAGCAGCCUCAUGCUGUAUGGGACCCAGGCCAUCCCUGUCCGCCUGAAGAUCCUUCUGGACCGGCUCUUCAGUGUGCUGAAGCAAGACGAAGUCCUCCAGAUCCUGCACGCCUUGGACUGGACCCUCCAGGAUUACAUCCGAGGAUAUGUGCUGCAGGAUGCCUCAGGAAAAGUGCUGGAUCACUGGAGCAUCAUGACCAGUGAGGAGGAGGUGGCCACCUUACAGCAGUUCCUUCGCUUUGGAGAGACCAAGUCCAUAGUUGAGCUCAUGGCAAUUCAGGAGAAAGAAGAGCAGUCGGUUGUCAUCCCACCUUCCACGGCCAAUGUCGACAUCAGGGCUUUCAUUGAGAGCUGCAGCCACCGGAGUGCCAGCCUCCCUGCUCCCAUGGACAAAGGAAACCCCAGCAGCGUCCACCCCUUCGAGAACCUCAUUAACAACAUGACCUUCAUGCUGCCUUUCCAGUUCUUCAACCCCUUGCCCCCAGCACUGAUAGGGUCACUGCCCGACCCCUAUGUGCUGGAGCAGAGUCAAGACCAAAGCCAGGACCCCAAACAGGAAGUCCACGGAGCCUUCCCUGACAGCAGCUUCCUCACUUCCAGUUCCACCCCAUUUCAGGUUGAAAAAGAUCCGUGUCUCAGCUGUCCUGAUGCUGUCACCAAAAAGGAAGACAGCACCCACUUCAGCGACUCCAGCUCGUACAGCAUCAUCACGAAGCUCGAGAGGACACAGCUGUCCCCUGAGGCCAAAGUGAAGCCCGAGAGGAGCAGCCUCAGCACAAAGAAGGGCCGGGUGUUCUGCACGGCGUGUGAGAAGACCUUCUAUGACAAGGGCACGCUGAAGAUCCACUACAACGCCGUGCACCUGAAGAUCAAGCACAAGUGCACCAUCGAAGGCUGCAACAUGGUGUUCAGCUCCCUGAGGAGCCGCAACCGCCACAGCGCCAACCCCAACCCCCGGCUGCACAUGCCCAUGAACAGAAACAACAGGGACAAAGACCUGAGGGGCGGCCUGACCCUGGCUGCCUCGGAGAGCGCCAAGCGCCCAGGCCUCGGGGUGACUCCUCCAGACUGCCGGCCUCUCCCUGGCUACGCUGGGGCCCUGGAUGACCCCCAGAGCCAGCCAACCUUCCCGAGCCUCAGCCACAACGGGGUGCUCUUCCCCAACCUGAAGACUGUCCAGCCAGUCCUGCCUUUCUACCGCAGCCCAGCCACUCCGGCCGAGCUGGCCAACACCCCCGGGAUGCUGCCCUCCCUCCCUCUGCUGUCCUCGUCCAUCCCGGAACAGCUGGCUUCCAAUGAAACGCCGUUCGACACCUUGCCCAAGAAGAAAUCCCGCAAGUCCAGUAUGCCCAUCAAAAUAGAGAAGGAGGCCGUGGAGACAGCAGACGAGAAGAGGCAGCCUCUGAGCUCUGAUGAAGACAUGCCCCUGCAGGUGGUCAGUGAAGACGAGCUGGAGACCUGCAGCCCCCAGUCAGACGGAGCCCCAGCAGAGCCGCACACGCCAGCAGGAAGCUCCGAGAGGCCUCGUGUUGAGGAAGAGAGGCCCUGCUAUCUCGGGCCAGGAAUUGAGUCCAGUGGAGCCAUCCGCCAGACUCCUGAGCAGGCCACGCACAACUCGGAGAGGGAGACUGGGCAGAAGUCAGUGUUGAACACUGUGCCACGGGACGCGGAGGAGGAUGGCCGUGAACCUCACCUCACCACCAGGGUGGAGCCCUGUGUGCCUUUUCCCGACUAUAUCAAACUGCAGCAGCACCUGCUGGCCGGGGGACUCUUUGGUGCCUUGUCCACCCAAGGAAUGGCUUUCCCUUGUUUCGAAGAUUCCAAAGAGCCGGAGCACUUGGGUCAGCCAGCAUCAGUGAGGUCGAAGGAGGAGAAUCGCUUCCAGUGUGACAUCUGCAAGAAGACCUUUAAAAACGCUUGCGGCGUGAAGAUGCAUCAGAAAAACAUGCACGCCCGGGAAAUGCACACGUGCACAGUGGAGGGCUGCAAGGCCACUUUCCCCUCCCGCAGGAGCAGGGACAGACACAGUUCAAACCUAAAUCUCCACCAGAAAGUAUUGCCCCAAGAAGCUCUGGAGAGCGGCGAAGACCCCUUCCGGGCAGCUUACCUCCUGAAAGACACAGCCCAGGAGGCCUACCAGGAGGCAGCCUUCACACCGCAAGCCUCCCAGACGUCUGUCAUCUUCAAGGGGAUGAGCCGGAUGGGCAGUCUGGUGUACCCGCUAGCCCAGGUCCACAGCGCCGGCCUACAGAGCUACACCUCUGGUCUGCCCAGCGAGGGCACCGUCUUGGAUCUGAGCACUACCUCGAGCGUGAAGUCGGAGAGCAGCAGCCACUCCUCUUGGGACUCAGACGGGGCCAGCGAGGAGGGCGCUGUGCUCACAGAGGACUGCGAUGGCAACUGUGAUGGGCCAGGCCUGGUGCCCGGGGAGGACUACCCACUCUGCGUCCUGAUGGGGAAGGCUGACCAGAGCCUUGCCAGCUUGCCUUCCGGGCUGCCCCUGACGUGUCACCUCUGUCAGAAGACAUACAGCAAUAAGGGGACCUUCCGGGCCCACUACAAGACCGUGCACCUCCGCCAGCUGCACAAAUGCAAGGUCCCCGGCUGCAACACCAUGUUCUCAUCUGUCCGCAGUCGGAACAGGCACAGCCAGAACCCCAAUCUGCACAGAAGCCUCACCUCCUCUCCUAGUCACCUGCGGUAA